AUGGAUUCUGAUGAGAGUGCUGAUAGCGAUCCUGAAAAUCAGCCAGUUGUUACUCAAUCGCGUAGCCCACUUACUUCGUCUCCAAAAGCAGCUACAGCAAAGGCUGAUGCAAAGAGAGCGGCUCAGAACAGUCAAUCAGCAAAUCGUUCAAUCAUUCCGGGUUUAGGAGUCAAAAGUGCUCCUUCGAAGAAAGACACGUCGAUGAGCUUCAGCGAAAAGAGCCGGCGCAAUUAUGAAGAUGAGAAAAGCGAAUCAAGCAGCAAUAUCUACGGAACGAACAAUGAUUCAUUUGUGACCAGAUAUCAUACACCACCAGCAUCGGCCAAGCGUAAUACUUAUGAUCGACCAGGAGCCACACCUCCAAGAACUGGACCGAGUUCUACUCGCAGAACUGCUACUGGUUCAUCUUACUUUGCACCAAAUCUCACUUCUACUGGAACAGCUUAUAAGAAGAUUGGUGGCGAGCGUGGCCUGUUGAAUCUGGGACAUACGACAGAUGAAGACGACACCUAUGGACAAGAACUAUGGAAACAUUUUACGACUCGUACACCAGCUGAUGAGUUUAAGUUGGGUGCUCCUGCUACUUAUUACGAUAUGAAAGUUGGUGGCCAGCACACACGUGUAGAAAAAGAUCCUCGUACUGGUCGAGUUCGUCUUCAACAUCAAGAAAACAUCAUUACUUGGUGGGAUGAAGUGCCUCGCUUGCUCAUUAUUAUCUUCACAAUCUUUUUCGUGAUACUGGCCGUUGGUUACAUUGCUACUUCGCAGCCUGGAACAAUUCACUCUGCAGCUCAAGUUGUAUCUGGCACAUUCCGCGAUUCGGUCACAUUCUUCUACAACUACUUGAUUCUACCAACAGCUCUUCUGGCUGUAGCGGCUGCUGUGGUGCUGAUUGUCUACUUUGCUUUCAAACGAUGGCGUCUGGCAAAGGACGUAGAAGAAAACGCUGUAUUCGAGUUGGUUGAGCAAAUUACAGAUAUGGUUCGUGAUUCUGCGGCAGAUGGUGAGGAAUACAUCAGCGUUCCACAUGUUCGUGAUCUCAUCUUUCCCCCCGCUAAACGCCGCACUACUGAGCUCGCUCGUUGGGAACGUGCCGUUGAAUAUAUCAACGAAAAUGAGUCUCGCAUCGCCACAGAAACUCGUCUAAUUCGUGGACAUGAAUGUGCUGUUUGGAAAUGGCUUGAAGCCAGAAAAAGCGGGUGGCAAGGAAAAGCUUUCGGGAACCCUACCGUUCCACUUUCGCCCAACAUUCCAAAGGAGGCACUGACGAAGUUUCUGAAAAUUCGAGAUCUUGUCGCUAGCGAUGGAUCUGAUCGUGUAAAGGCUGAACAGGAUUUUCGCAGCAAGGUUCACCCCGUGAUUCCUGUGCAUGUUGCUUAUUGUGAGGAGCCAAGCACAGACGAAAAGUUGGUCUUCGCCAUGUUCCGCAGGCCUCAAGAUGCUCAUAAUGCUUUCAUGGCGCUUCACGGCGAGUGGUACAACGGCCGUCUUCUAAACGUCAAGUACGUUCGAGAAAAUCGCUACUUUGAUCGAUUCCCCGAAGCAAAGGAUUUGGCGAAU